CUCUCUCUCUCUCUCUCGCUCUCUCUCUCAGUCUGUGUCCUUUGUUUCUCCCUCUUCGGUGUUUGAGAGGUUCUAGGGUUUUCUGCAGUCCCAAAUCCAAUUUGAGCAGUGGCCUUACGUAUCAUUCGUCCCCCCACUUUCUCUCUCUUUGAGCUGAUUCGCCGCAAUGAAGCUGACCGUGAAGACGCUCAAAGGGAGUCACUUUGAGAUUAAGGUCCUUCCGACAGACACGGUUAUGGCUGUGAAGAAGAAUAUUGAAGAUGUACAAGGGAAAGAUAAUUAUCCUUGUGGGCAGCAAUUACUGAUUCACAAUGGGAAGGUUUUGAAAGAUGAGACUACUUUGGCUGACAACAAGGUUUCUGAAGAUGGCUUCCUUGUGGUGAUGCUCAGCAAGAGCAAAACCUCGAGCUCUUCUGGGACUUCCACCUCAUCCACUCAACCCACUUCUACAACACCAGCGGUCCCUCCCCCAACUUCUAAUCCUCCAGCUGCUGUUGAGGCUCCAGCUCAAGCCCCAGCUUCCAUAAACAGCUCUAUGCCUGCUUCAGAUGGAGCAACUGCUCAUCCAAUUAGCGAUGAUGCUUAUAGCCAAGCAGCUUCGCAUUUAGUUGCCGGCAACAAUCUUGAGGAAAGCAUCAGACAAAUCAUGGAUAUUGGUGGUGGUGCGUGGGAUAGAGAAACAGUUACACAAGCACUUCGGGCUGCCUACAACAACCCAGAGAGGGCCAUUGAUUACUUGUAUUCUGGUAUUCCAGAAACGGCUGAAAUUGCAGUGCCCAUGGCUCAUCUUCCAACAGGCCAAGCUAAUGAAGCAGCUGCUGUUGCUGCUCCACCCACAUCUGGGGCACCCAAUACAUCUCCCUUGAACUUGUUUCCCCAGGAGUCUCUUUCUGGGGCUGCUGCUGGUGGACUUGGAUCGCUCGACUUCCUAAGAAACAAUCAACAGUUUCAAGCUUUGCGUUCUAUGGUGCAAGCCAACCCACAGAUUCUACAGCCAAUGCUUCAGGAGCUAGGGAAGCAGAACCCUCAGCUCUUGAGACUUAUCCAGGAGCACCAACCGGAGUUUCUUCAGUUGAUAAAUGAACCUCUAGAAGGGUCUGAAGGUGAUAUGUUUGAUCAGCCGGAGCAAGAUAUGCCCCAUGCCAUCAAUGUAACACCAGCAGAGCAAGAAGCUAUCGAAAGGCUGGAGGCGAUGGGGUUCGAUCGAGCCCUUGUGAUUGAGGCAUUUUUGGCUUGUGAUCGGGACGAGGAACUGGCAGCCAACUAUUUAUUGGAGCAUGCCGGAGAUUUUGAGGAUUGAGUUGGGAUUCUUUUUUUUUUUUUUAACUAGGCAUUAUGAUUUUGUUUCUUAACUAAUCCAAGUCUUUUGAGAUGUUAUUUCGUUUUUCCUGCUCUAAUGCUGGGUCGGGUCGGUUCGGUUAAAUUUUUAUUGAUCUCGCUCCUCGUAUGACUUUUUCAUCUUAUUAAUUUCCUUGUUCUCUC